AUGGCACCAAAAGGGCAACGCUUCACACAAAUACCACAACCAAUGCAGAGAUCCUCUGAGAUAAAUGCAAUCUUGGAGGCUGGAGUGACUUCAAUACACAGCUUGCCUAUAAUAAUCCCAUGUUGUCAUAAUUUCUUGCACUCCUGCCUACACUUCUUUGGCUUGCACUUGUCAUUGUUGACAAUGGCCACACGGGUAAGUUCUUGA